AAAGAUAAAUAAACCGUCGCCGCCGGUACUCUUUGUCCAUUUCGUCAAACUCCACCACCAUCUCUCGCUCUCUCGCUCUUAAUUUCUCCGUCAUUGUAGAGUUGAGCCAUGACCAGCUCCUCCGCCGCCUCUCGCAAGGCUUUGAGUAAGAUUGCUUGCAAUCGCCUCCAGAAGGAGCUUGUCGAGUGGCAGGUCAAUCCUCCCGCCGGUUUCAAACACAAAGUCACCGACAACCUCCAAAGGUGGGUUAUUGAAGUCAAUGGAGCUCCAGGAACUCUGUAUGCAAAUGAAAUUUAUCAACUUCAGGUCGACUUUCCUGAGAAUUACCCAAUGGAAGCCCCGCAGGUUAUAUUCCUGCAUCCUGCUCCACUGCAUCCUCAUAUAUAUAGCAACGGCCAUAUUUGUUUAGAUAUUUUGUAUGACUCAUGGUCCCCAGCCAUGACUGUUAGUUCUAUCUGUAUCAGCAUUCUCUCCAUGCUAUCAAGCUCGACUGUGAAGCAACGCCCUGAAGAUAAUGACCGCUAUGUAAAGAAUUGUAAAAAUGGCCGAUCUCCCAAGGAGACCAGAUGGUGGUUCCAUGAUGACAAGGUGUAACAUGACAGCAUCUUCUUCCUUCAUUGGUUGCUUAAAAACCAAGUAGAUGGCUAGCCUUCUCAAAAGAAAGAUGAAGACAAAGAAAAGAAGCAUUCUGAACCAGGAUUUUGUCAAAUGUUCAAUAACUCAUGUAAAUUGGCAAUGCCUGGUGUUUGUAAAGGAAGAUUGACAAUCUGUGUUUCUAGCAAGGGGACAAACAAACUCAUGUUUUUGUUGUUAAAGGUGAGCACUCUCUAUGAGAUCAUCUAUUCGAGAACUUAAAUCAUUCAUAAGCUUUGGAAUGAUUAUUAAUCCUAAUCACUAUUUCCCCC